GCUGAAAGGAGCUAUCGACCUGUGUGGGUGUGUGAGGAUGUGAAAUCGACAUGGUCAGGAGGCUUGUGAAGAUUAGUCAUCAGCUGAAAGUGAGCACCAUGGACGUCCUCCAGCUGCUCUUCCUGCUGUUGGUCAGCUGCGUGGCGGCAUCCGCGUACCCUCCCCAGCAACCCCCUCCAUGCCGAGUUGUCCAGAUGGAUGUGUUUUGCAGCGAUCUGAGCCUUAGAAGUGCGCCACUCAACCUUCCCGAUGUCGUCCAAAUGCUGGACCUUUCACGAAACCAGGUGCAGAAUCUCACCCGGGAAACUUUAGCAUACCACACCAACCUCCGGCAUCUGAAUCUCCACUCCAAUAAGAUCCACUUCAUCCAGCCCAGGCUCUUCGAAGACAUGAAUGAUCUGAAAAUCCUGGAUCUGUCCAAGAAUCAUUUGAAUGUUUUUGCCCACUCCAAAACAAACAUCGGACCUCUUAAAGCUGUGGAGUCACUGGAUCUUUCAAACAACGGCCUAUACACGGGGAUGUCAGACUAUUUCUUGGCUGACUCUCCCAGGCUGGUGAACCUUUCUCUGAACAGCAAUAGCAUCACUGAAGUAGCAAAAGAUACCUUCAGUGGAUCCUUGUCCUUGAGGAAAAUCAGCCUCCACAAUAAUAUCAUCUUGAAAAUUGAAGAUGGAGCUUUUGACAUUUUAUCUCAUUUGACCGAACUUGACUUGUCCAAGAAUUCAAUAAGGUGCAUCGACGACUUCAAUCUCGACAAAUUAAAAGUGUUUAAUCUCAGCCAAAACAGCUUGGAGUCAUUCCAAAGCGCACAAUCAGACACUCCUUAUGAACUUAUCACUUUUGACCUGAGUCAAAACAAAAUGCUCUUCUUUCCCCGUCUCCCGAAAAACAACUGCCUUAAAUAUCUGGACCUUUCAAAAAAUCAAAUCCAAAACAUUAAAUUCAUGGGAAACAUAACGUUUAAUUGCCUCAGAUACCUGGACAUGAGUUACAAUCAACUCAAAAAAAUGCCUGAAGAGUAUUUUUCCAUGAUGGGAUCACUGGAGGUCCUAAAUGUGAGUAAUAACUGCAUUACCUCAUUUUCUAUUACUGAUGGAGGCCUUCUACAGAGAGCUAAGAUCAUCAAUCUGAGCUAUAAUCCACUGCAGAGUCUAACAUUUGGAGAAAACACUGUGCAGUUGCUGGAAGAACUCUUCUUACAAGGAAACGACCUCACAACCCUGGACUAUCAAAUAUUUCAGAGACUCCCCAACAUCAAAUACCUGCAUCUCCAGCAGAACAACCUGCAAGUCUGUGACUCUGAGCCAACAGAGCAAAACCACAAGGAUCCUCAAAGUUGUGUGUCCUUUUUAUCUGUUCCAAAAUUGGAGGCUUUGUACCUCUCUGAAAACAACCUGAGGAGUCUGCCCGCGAACACGUUUGCCAACACCCCAUUGAAGGUCUUGGAUUUGUCCCUGAAUCCAGGCUUGAACAUGCACAAAGACUCUCUUUCUGGUCUAGAGCAUUCCCUGGUUCACCUUUCCAUGAGGAAAAACAACAUUUCCAUUCUAAAAGCAGACCUGUCCUUACUGAGGAGCCUCAAAUACGUAGAUCUAUCCACCAACCAGUUGACCACUCUGCCGACGUGGAGCAAAGAGUCCUCCAUUGAGUCCCUAAAUUUGCAGAACAACCACCUGGUGACCCUGGACUACAGCACCAUCCUUGCUUUGAAGCACUCUCUAAAGACUCUUUAUAUGGGCUCCAAUCCUCUGAGCUGCUGCGGCAAUCUCAGAUUUAUCAUCAUGGUGCAGCAGUCCGCCGUGGUCAUUCCUGACAUUGAAACAGUGACCUGCGUUCACGAGGACUACUCUGAGCCGGUCAGCAUCAAGAAGGUGACCCAGACAAUGUGCCAUGGACCACCCGUCCAGAACUAUAUUAUUACAGUUAUAGUGAUAUUGUUACUUGUGAUGAUCGUGUUCGUGCUCUUAGUUAAAUGUUGCCACUCAAGGAGGCGGAAACAUAACAGAGGUUUUAGGGCAUAAUGAAUGAAGGUUGAACACAGAAAGCCAUGAAGGAAUUUAGGAACCAGCUGAAGGUUUCAGUCAGACACAGCUGAAAAUGUGAAUGUAACUUCUGUGGGGCAAACCAAAGUCUCCUGAAGGAACAAUGUGAGGCUUUGAGUUGUUUUUACCACUACGAAAAGCUACCAUUGAUCACUGGGACAUCCAUCAACAAGCAAGCAUUCCUCAGUAUCUUCCAAAAUGAAGAAAUCAAUUUUUUACAGGAGAUUUUAAGGACCUUAUGGUGUGCUCAGACACCAAACGAGGCAGUGUGACAAUGCAAAGUCAAAUGAAAACUACAAAACUGAGUGUUUCAAGAGUGAUGGCAACUCACAUACAAAAGCCUUUUCAGUGACUUGAUAACAAGCAAAGACUGCACAGAGCAGAUACACCUGGUGCAUUGGACGUUAAGCAGCUGUGUCUGCUUGCAGGACACAAAGUGAAAACUUGUUUUGCUUUCUGUCUAAACACAACUUUAUGGCUAACCCAGUUGUACAGCCAUGACCGCACAUUAUCUUACUGAAUGUAAAAUGAAGAAUUAACACUAAAAACACUUCCACAAAAGAGUGGCAUCAACAAGUGUGCCUGAAAUGCAGCAAUAAAAGUUAUUAUAAGUGUUUGGCCUUUUGGAAAAUACACUUUGAUUUCAGUGUGAAACUUAGCCUUUGUUUAGUCACUCAUUGGUUUGUGGCAUUUGCCUUGCGGAUGUUAGCUCUGACAAACAGGAAAGCUAAAUUUGGCUAUCAAAAAACAAGCUUGCCAGAAGAAAUGUGCUUUAGUACAAAUAAACACAGGCCACACCCACACUUUUAAACCUCUAUUUUUUAAAACUGGGAUUUUUAUUUUUGGAAAAAUAUCUUCAUUCAUAUCAAAAUGUAAAAAAUGAUCCAUGUUGGGGAAAUCAAGCCAAAGAGUGCCAAAGAAAUUAAUAAAACACAGAAAUGAGGUUGCAUUUUUGCGCUUCCAGCAUUUUUUUGUAAUGUUUUUUUUAAGGUUAGAUUUCUAAAAAGAGAACUUAAAAAAACUAAAAAAAAAACUAAAAAAAAAAAGAUUUAGCCAUUCUAAUCUAAGCAAAUAUCCCCAAUUGCUAGCAACUUAUAAGUGGCUAAAUGAGAGUACACAAGCUGUCGGCGACAUUACUCAUUAUCCCACCGAACACGGCAGCUCAGUGUAGCGAAACUUAAGUUUGUUCAUGAAUUAAUGUUAACAUUUUAUUUUUGGAGACUACAUUUGCUCUUAAAAAUUCAAAUUAAAAUGUGGCACUCACCUUCAUUAACAAAACGUACUUCGGAUGACCAGAGCUAAUUUCUGUUAUAAUUUUUGCCUGAAGAGAAGUCCACUGGGUUUUAGUUUAGCGACCCAAGGCGAUGCUACAAAAAAGCAUCAUCCCUAUGGAUGGAUUAUCCCAGAGGAAUAAAAUAAACACCUAACAUAUUUUUUUAAUCUCAUUUUUUUGUGCGUGCAUUAAACCAACAGUGUGUUUGUUGUUGAGCUUUAAAGGUAAGCUGGCUUGUUUCCGGCUCAUUCCACGCCUUAACUUCAUACUGAAGUUGACCUUCUCAUUUAAAUCACAACAAGAAAGCAAAGUUGUGUAUUUUCCAAAAGCGUCACUCACACUCAUUUAAGGGUAGAAUGAAGGUUUGUUGAAGAUGGAUCAGUGACUGAGACGGUGAAAGAUGAAACGGGGCGAGGGAGCAUCGAAUCUCAGACAGAUGUCUUCACUCAGACAUGUUGGAAUUUUCCUUUAAGCUAAAAAUAAAGACGGGAACACUACUAAAGGUCAUGAAACAAGAUGCUCUUUAUUCAUGAAGUAGGAUUAGAUGAAGGUUGUUUUUUUGUUGUUGUUUUUUUAAGAAAUUCAAGCCGUCACUUUAACCUUUAUUUAUAGCUUGCACUUUAAACUUCCUCUUGUAUGUGUGACUGUAUCUGAUUUUAUAACACUAUAAGACCUUAAUAAUGCUAAGUACAUAGAGCAGAACAUAUGAUGACAUAAGUUAUUUUUCUUCUGUUUGUUUUUAUAUAUAUAUAUAUAUAUAUAUAAAAAACUAUAAAAACAAAGCUGGAAAUAUUCCAUAGUAUGUUUUCCAUACUGAUACCAGGCCCAUGGUGCUCCACCUGUUAAUUUGACUGAUAUGAAUAGUGUGUUGGCAUAACAUGAGUCUUUGUGUUGUUUUUACCACAUUAAUAUUAUAUAAAAUGGUAAAUCUAGCGCUGUGCUGUUGUGGGCUACACUGGGAUUCACAGUUUCAUGUGAUUUUUACUGUGUUUAAUCCUAAAAAGGAAAUUAUUAUUAAUGUUUUUAGCAAAAACCAAAGUUAAAUAUUUUUUCCUCAUCAUGCCAUGUAUUUUUUUAAAGUGUAAGUUUGUUUUCUUUUUUUUAGUAAAUGAA